AUGGAACAUUUUUAUUCAUCUGGAUUAUUCUUAACAACAGAAGAACAGCUUGUGCUUCUAACAUCUCUACCUGUUUUACAGCAAGAAAACAAGUUCUUAUCAGUUGCAUUUUGGGGGAAAAUUUUUGGAACUGAAAAUGAUUACUACAUUGCUCAAGGUCGAGGAGAGGACUUUAUUAGAAAUAAGAUGAGCUUCUACAGUACCGACGGAUAUUCCUGGCGUUUACUGUUUCCACCACCUGAAGACAGUCUCAAGAAUUUCCACUUGAUCCGAACCCGAUUCAAUGGAGACCCUAAGAGCAAGCACAGAUAUUUUCAUGAUGGAAGUGAAAAGGUGGAGAUCAAAGAAGAACACCGCCUGAGCGCCUUUCUGAAGCUGAUGGACUUCGAGACCGCCAUGGGGCCCAAGAAUUCAUUAAUGAUAACACCGAAAGGGAUCAUUAGCAAAAAUCCCUAUUUUAAAGGGUUGCCUGUAGAAGAUGCUCUGAAGCUGGAAUCCUACUUGCACUACAGAUUACCGGACAGUGACGUCAGUUUCGCACCCACGACCUUGAUCUGUCCUCCAGGUGGAGACAGAGCCUUGCAAUUCCUCGAGCCCAUUAGCCGAGAUUACCCACCUGGUUGCUGGUCACUCCAGAGUGACGCUUUGCAAGAAGUAGUGACCAUCAAGAGUCUCUGGUGGCCAGGGUUCACUUUCUGCCAUAUUCCCGAAACUGGGGAGUACAACAGCAUUUAUAUGGGAUACGGAGAAAGAAACGACGACUUGCCAUUCAUGGUGUAA